CCUGGAACUGGAACUGUUUUUAAGAAACUGAAUAUUUGUAGCCGGGUCAUAGCAAUGUACACCAAAUCCCUGAUUUAUUGCUUAAUAUUCUUCUCAGAGACGAAGGACACAUGAAUUAGCAAGUACCUGGAUUUGAGUGUGCUAGGUAUGCCUCAAUGACCGUGGAGUUAGCUUCCUUUCUAAUGUACCUCCGCCUUGAAGGGGAUCCUUUUAUUGAGAAUCUGUGUCUUCUCCCGGGUAAUUGAUCACUCUGCACCCAGGGACACCCAAUUCAUAGUUGAGGGGGAGUAAUCAUCAUGAAUAAUCAAAAAGCUGUGGCUGGGCUACUGCAGGAGUGCAAACAGGCGCUGGACACACUCUCGUGGGCAAUGGGGAAGGAAGGCAAGAGACAAUACGAACAGUGCCAAGCUUCACUCCCCAGCGAGUUAAGGACCCUAAUCCAAGAGGCCAAGGAAAUGAAGUGGCCCUUCGUGCCGGAGAAGUGGCAGUACAAACAAGACGUGGGGCCCGAAGACAAAACAAAUCUGCAAGAUGUGAUCGGCGCCAGGCUGCAGGAGUUACUGGCAUACUUGAAAGCCUCCAUCCUGGUCCAGGACUUCAUGACAGCGGCUGCUCUCGUGUUCUUGAUGGACAGGUUCUUGUAUGGACUUGAUGCCUCUGGCAAACUCCUGCAGGUCGCCAAAAGUCUACACAGGUUGCAUCCAACAAUCCCAAUUGCCCCCCAGGUGGUCAUCCGACAAGCCCGGAUCUCAGUCAACACAGGAAAACUGUUGAAAGCUGAAUAUAUCCUAAGCAGCCUUAUCAGCAACAAAGGAGCAACAGGCACAUGGAAGUAUAACCAGGAAAGUGACAAAAUCCUUGUCCAGUCAGUUUGUAUACAAAUCAGAGGACAAAUCCUACAGAAACUAGGAAUGUGGUAUGAAGCUGCAGAAUUAAUUUGGGCUUCAAUCAUUGGGUAUUUGGAACUUCCUCAACCAGAUAAAAAGGGAAUUGCUACAUCUCUGGGUAUAUUAGCAGAUAUCUUCAUUUCUAUGAGCAAGAAGGAUUAUGAAAAAUUUAAAAACAACCCUCAAAUUACCCUGAACCUUCUCAGAGAGUUUGAUCACCAUUUACUAUCAGCAGCAGCAGCCUGUAAGCUGGCUGCCGCCUUUAGCCAGUACACCCCACUUUUUGUGCUCACAGCUGUGAACAUCCAAGGCACAUGUUUAUUGUCCUAUAUUAAUUCUAAUGACUGUCCUCCAGAAAAGAAAAAGUUGUAUUUAUCUGAAGCCAAAGAGGCCUUUGAAAUUGGCCUCCUCACCAAAAAAGGCACUGACCUAGUUGCUGGAAAACAGGAACUUCAUAGUUUUAUCAAAGCUGCUUUCUGCCUUACCACAGUACACCGGAGCCUCAGUGGGGAGACUGAAGCUGUCUGUGUUUCGGAUAAACUUUGUAGAGAAGCAGUGGGGAAACUGUAUGCUUAUUCUGCUUCAAGGGGGACUCAAGACAAAGAAACACUGGCCCAGGAGAUCAUGUCUAAUAUUGAGCAGGUUAAGAAGUAUUUGCAAGUCCAAAGUUUCCACAAUUUAGAUGACAGAUCUUAUGUCCCAGAAAGUUACAAAUCUUGGAUUGAUCAGCCUAUGUUGCAUGGCAAAGUGGAUUUCAAAGGAGUCCUUGAAAGGCAUUCCCAACACCAUGCUUCAGUGUGUGAAGUAUUUGAAAGUAUAUGUAGGAGCCACAGGAGGGGGGAAGAGGAAAUAAAAACAGGAGCCUGUAUCACAUCCUUGAAAACUGAAACCAAAAGCAUGGACACCUUGAGUACUAGUGAUGACAAAUUGUUAAGUGAAAAAAGCAUUGAUAUUCCUUCUUCACAAAAAACCCCACAGAAUCAUGGGAAGCUCCAAGUAAAAGAACAAAGAAAAUGGCCCCAGUCAAAUGCAGCUCAUGUCUCACUUGAUGAAGAGACAGAAACUGAACAACCAGACCACCUCCAUAAUAGGGAAACUGAUGUUUCUAGCAACUCUCUGAAUGGAAGUCAGACAUCUAGCUCUUGGAGCAAGAUAUCAGGAUCCAGCUUUUCUAGUAGCUGGGAGGAAGUAGAUGAUCUUGCUGAUGAUGGGCUAGUCAGGAGGGAGACCAUUCAAGAAAAAAGACUAGUAGACACUCAGUGUUCUACAGCCCUAACUGAAGACCUGGAGAACCAUGAUGAAAACAGUGAUCUCCAUGUUUCAGCGCCUCACCCUCCCUCUGUCAAGAACUCUAAAGAAGACUGUUUGGAUGCUUCUCAAAAUCAGCAAUGUAAGCAAACUCCCUUAACUCCCCACAAGACAAUAGGCACAGUCUCUGAUAAAGCGAUCUUAGUCAACAGAGAAAUAGAAAUAGAAAAUGUCCAGGAAAUCAGAAAUACAGAAUCCAAAAAUGGCUCUCCAUUUUUUGGACAUUCAAAGGUCUCUUCUUGUUGUUCCCCUACCUCCAUCGGGUCUACUGAGAUGAUCUCAUUGCCUUCCCUGGAAGAAUCAGACUUGUUUGAGACUGAUGUGUUACCCGAAGCUGAAGGGAAUCUCAGAGUGAGGAAUGGAGAAGAGGAGGGAGUAAAAACAACUGAAAGAAAUAAAGAAUCCGUGUUUAGAGAACUGACUUCUUGGGUUGAUCUAGAAGUAGAAACUACAGAGAGUGUAGAAGAUGCUGCCUUGGGCCAACAUAAAAAUACCAAAGUCUCUUCUGCUUGUUCCUUAGCCAACAAUUCCGCUGUAACUGAUACUUCUUUCACUCAUCACUGGGCUACAAAGAAACAAAGAAAGGCAAAAGGGCAAGCAGAUGAGUCAGAUGCAUCUACAGAGGACAAAGAUCCGGAGGUCACUAGUAGUAAAGUGAGCCACUGGGCAGAUAAAAAUGGGUCUCAUAGACUGAAUACUUUGGGAGAGCAAACCUGUCUGAUGGUGAACAAUGCUCAUAGCUCCUGGGCAAACAGUGGCAGACCUUUCCCCAGCCUGUGUGAUGAUACCACCACAGAGGAUCAUGGUGGGGGGAAUGAAUUUGGAAACUAUAGACAGAAUUCUAGCUCCUCCUUAUCAGGGUGGCUCAACUCACCUGAUUUCUCCAAUGGCUCUUCUGGGGCGGGAAGCCCCUUGUCAUUUCUGAAUUCCAGCGGAAGCUCUUUUGUAUCUAUACCAGGAAGGGCCAAGCAAGAAGUCCUAGAAGCACGAACCCUGGAGGAAAAUGACUUUGAGAAACUCCUGUCAGGAGUAGGGCAUGACUGGUUAUUCCAGAGACUAGAGAACACAGGAGUUUUUAAGCCCAGGGAACUCCACCAAGCACACAAUGCUCUUUUGUUAAAAUACUCUAAGAAAUCAGAAUUGUGGACAGCCCAAGAAACUCUUGUGUAUUUUGGUGACUACCUGGUUGUAAAGAAGAAAGGCAAACAAAGAAAUGCCUUUUGGAUACACCUCCUUCAUCAGGAAGAAAUUUUGGGAAGAUACGUUGGGAAAGAAUAUAAAUCACAAAAAGGACUUUGGCAUCACUUCGUCGAUGUGGAGAGACAGAUGACAGCACAGUACUAUGUCACAGAGUUUAACAAAAGACUCUAUGAGCAAAAGAUCCCAACACAGAUCUUCUAUAUCCCAUCCACAGUACUGCUGAUUUUAGAGGGCAAGACAAUUAAAGGAUGUGUCAGUGUGGAACCUUACAUUUUGGGAGAAUUUGUUAAACUGUCCAAUAACACAAAAGUAGUGAAAACGGAGUACAAAGCCACAGAAUAUGGAUUGGCUUAUGGACAUUUUUGUUAUGAGUUUUCCAAUCACACAAAUGUUGUGGUUGAUUUGCAAGGUUGGGUGACUGGUAAUGGAAAAGGGGUCAUCUACCUCACGGAUCCCCAGAUUCAUUCUCUUGACCAUAAAGAUGUGACUACGAACUUUGGGAAAAGAGGCAUUUAUUAUUUCUUCAAUAAUCAGCACGUGGAGUGUAAUGAAAUCUGCCGUCGACUUUGUUUGACUAGACCUUCAGUUGAACAUCUUAGUUAGGCACAUAUUCUCCUUCAACAGUGAUAUAAUUGAAACAAUAAAUUUAGGUUAGAUAAAACAAAGAAAAAUCAGUUAACUUUCAGGACAUCAUUGAUAAGUAGAUAUACAGAUAUUUAACAUUGUUUAAAAAAUGAGGGAUGGAUUUUUUUAUUUGUUUUUACCUUAUAUCAUGUAGAUAUAUUCUU